AUGGCUGCUUGUCAGCUUACGGAAGGCGAUAUCCCGGGGUAUUCCCUUUGUGGAAGAUCUCCUGCAACUUUGAAGAAUGACGAAAUAAAGUUCUGGCUAAAAUGUAGAGGUGAUUCACUAAAAGGAAUUAAAACAAAAACUGCUUUAGUUAAAAGGUAAGGCCAACUACAAUACUCGAUCUUCAUUAUUACUCGCGCUCUUGUUGUGUUUUCUCUCAAAUACUUACAAUAUACCUCGUGUUUUAUAAAGGGUCGAAGAAUACAUCGAUUCUGGACGUGAAAAGCAACUGGUAGACCCUGAUCUUGACCAGAUUUAUUCAAGACGGAAACAACGUCACGACAAAACUCAAGAUGUAAAGUGA